CUUUGAAAUUGUUGCAUGUUGCGUUUAUAUUUUUGUUCAGUAUAGUUUGCAUUUGAAAGUCAUUCCAAAAGUCUCUCUUAUUUUAUUUUCUCCGUAGUUCCGAAAGCAACUGUAAAAUGGUAUACCUACAGAUGACAAUAAAAAAGAUCUGAUGUGAAAAAGGGAUAUGCCAAAAAUGAGAGGGAGAAAAAAAGACUGAAGGAAGGAGACCGAAGGAAAAGAGGAAUAUAAAAUAAGAAAAAUAAAAAGGAUGGUGAAGAGGAUGGGAAAAAUCUGAAAUGCAAGAGCGUAACAAAACAAGAGCACAGUAAAUGUAAAUGGUAAUUGCACAAUUAUUUACUCUAUAUUUCAUUUACUGGUCAAGUAUCAUAUUUGUCUGAAUUGUCUUUUGAUAUUCUCUGGGAGUUAUUUUUUUAAAUGUGUUUUUAGAACUGUUUCCCCCCUGUUACAGUGGUUGGCAUAAUGAUAUUACACUCAAUGUAGCCGGAAUGAUUAACAACAUUGUUUGUUUCUAGGGGGACAGUAUUAAUAGUUGCACACACGUGUGAUGUUAUGAAUGUCCUUGGUGUUUGUGAAUAUCAUUCAUUCUUGCUAAUCUGGAAUGAACUAAUACUGUAAUGUUUUUGCCAAAUUGAUAUAUCAGUCGAAUAAAUUUAAUAGAAGCUGUUCCGUUCUUUACUCAUUACGAUUUUACCGAUUUCUGUAAAGAUUAACAAUGAGGUCAAAUCCAGGUGGGAGGUAGGUCAUUCCAACAAUGGGAAGACAUGGACAACGUUGGAGCACAAUGGUCCACUCUUCCCACCAGAAUAAGAACCGUUACCCAAUAUCUUUCUUUUAUAAUGGUCUGAUUUGCUAUAAAACUAAGUUUGGCUGCUGAGGAAGUAGCCUCGUUUUACGCCAAGAUGCUGGACCAUGAGUACACAACAAAGAGUGCCUUCCAAGAUAACUUAUUUACAGACAGGAGAGAGCCACAGGGAGAAGAUUGGUAACUUCUAGGUGGAGCCCCCAGGGCUUUCCCACGGGCGGGGAGAACACCCCAAAAUGGACACGCUGAAAGUGAGCAUCCAGCCGGAAGACAUCACCAUCAACAUGCAGCAAAGGCGCUAAGAUACCAGUGGCCCCUAAGGGCGACAAGUGGAGGAAGGUGCAGCAUGAAGACAGUGACCUGGGUGGAGGACCGGGAGAUGAAGACCAGACAGAGAGGAGUGGCACUCUACUUAAUAGACAAGCUGGCCCUGCGAGCAGGGAGUGAGAAGGAGGAGAAUGAGACGGCCAACUCGGUGGGUUGCUGCUCUCUGAGAGUGGGACACAUCACCCUCCACCAGCAGAAGGGAGGCCAGGAGUUCAUGGUGGAGUUUGACUUCCUGGGCAAAGACUCUAUAACGAGGUGCCUGUGUAGGGCAGGGUUUUCAAGAACCUGAAGCUAUUCAUGGAAAACAAGGAGCCUGACGAUGACGUGUUUGAUAGAAUAAACACCACCUACUUGAACAAGCAUUUGAACCAGUCCAUGCUGGGAUUGACAGCCAAGAACCUUCAACGCUUCCACCACUCUGCAAGAGCAGCUCAACAAGCUCACCUCUGGUUAGUCCACUUUCUAUACCAACAUCAGUACACUCAGUGCAGGUUUUUGAAGAUCUAGUUUACAAUAGUUGACAAGAAUUCUCAGCUCUUCUCUGUGACAUACGUGACCCUCGUUGGUCUUACUUUGAACAUGGCAUUUGCGUUCUUUUUUACUCAAAUGUGCUCUCUGUGUCAUAACUAUAUGAAUCUCUGAAACAUGCAGAUUUAUAGUAAGAGUACACUAAUGAAAGAUAUGCAUGUUUUCCUCCUCACCUGACAUGAGUCUUCUGUCCUAUAACCGAGCCAACAGAGCUGUGGCCAUUCUCUGUAACCACCAGAGGGCAGCACCCAAUACCGUUGAGAAAUCCAUGCAGGUGACCCCAAGGCUCUACCUGCAGAAUCUGCUAGUGAUCUAAUGCGAUCUUCAAAGGUCAUGUGUUCAUCCAGUGUGAAACCAAGACAUAAGAGCCAGUGUCAGGUCCUUGGGGAGGAAACAUGGCCAGCAGCAUGAUGGGCAUGCUGCUAUUGUUGCAUCCCAGUGUCACUACAUGCUCAAGCACCUCAAUGGUGGAGGACAGAUCUCAGUGCAUAUGCCCCCCAACAUCGCAGGCCACUGGGUAUCCACCAGCUGUGAGGUCAGGCCUGGGCCAGAGUUCAUCACCAGGUCCUAUCUCUUCCACCACAACCACACUUUCCAGGUCCUCCAGUUCCACUACAGGGACAACCGCUGCUCCUCUCCCACCUACACCCUCCUCGCCCGGGGCCAGCUGCACCUGCGCCAGGCCUCCUGGGUGGUCCGCGGAGGCACCGAGGCCGACUACCAGCUCCACAGCGUCCAGGUUGUGUUCCACAGCCCUGAGGCAGCCAGGGACCUCAGCCAGUGGCUCAACCCCAGCUGCGGAGCUCCGUCCCUGGGUGGAGGGGAGUCGUGGGAGCCCCACAUCAGCUAUGACCUGUGGAGCAAGGAGGAGGAUGAGGAGCAGGGGAGGGACUGUGCCCGCAGGCUGGGUUUCACUAUGAAUGAGCUGCAGCUGGUGCGUGUGGAGCGGCGCCGCCGCCAUCAUGGCGUCCGGGUCCCUGAUGACCACACUGAGGAGCUUUUCCUGGGGGACGUCCACACUGAGCGUGCCCAGAGGACCCACCACAAACCCUCCAGCUACCAGCCACCCCUGCAGAACACCAAGAACCAUGAGCGUACAUGCCUUGUCUGCAGAGUCAUCGCCGGGGCGGACCAGCAUCAUCCUCCCAUCCUGCCCUGCAAAGAAAACCUGUCUGUCAAACUACAGGGCCAAUGGGUAAGCCAGCGGUGUGAGGUCCGUCCUGGGGUCCUCUUCCUCACCCGCCAUUUUGUUUUCCACAACCACAACAGCACUUGGGAGGGCCACUACUGGCAUUAUUCCGACCCAGUGUGCAGACACCCCACAUUCUGCCUGUACGCCCGGGGUCACUACAGCCACGCAGUCCUCUCCACCAGGGUCCUGGGAGGGACAGAGUUUGUCUUCACAGUGGACCACAUGAGGGUGACCCCCAUGGACCAGGCCACCACCUCCCUGCUCAAUAUCUUCCGGGGCAACGAGUGCGGGGCCGAGGGCUCGUGGCGCCAGGGACUGGAGCAGGACGUCACCCCCACCCAUGGCUGUGCUGCCCUGGGCAUCCGGCUGCCGCACACAGAGUACGAACUCUUCCGCAUGGAUCGAGACUCAGCGGACCACCUCCUUCUCUUCAACGGCCAGAGGCCCACGGAUGGCUCCAGCCCUAACCAGCCCCAUAAGACGGCCACCUCCUACCAGGCUCCCCUGGUGCAGUGUGCAGGGGCCGGCCACGGGCCAACGGAUUGGGGGAGGGAAGCCGACCAGCUCCAUAGGCUGGGGAGUAGCUGCUGCAAACAGGGAGGAGGUGGUGGCGUGAUGGAUAUGGUCAAAGUACUGCUUAUUGCAGCUAUCCCCGUUCUGAAUCUCAGCUAGGGUUAGCUGUGGCUGAAUGUAGUGGAGCAGCACUGACUGUGCAUUGGACUUUGACUCUUUUAAAACAGCAUAUGUGAUUAAUGUUGAGUUGCUACAUUCUAUCAUUCGGCGUCGUGUUCAGUAGGCAUGAAACUGAAGAAAAUGCUCUGACAGGAAGGGAAACGGAGAUGUGCUGUACGUCAAUAAGAAAUGUUUGUUGUCUUACGGUGUGCCCUAAAGAACACGACCCAACAAGUCGUCUAUGGCCGUGAUUCAAUCUAAUCAUGCUUUGUCGACAAUGCCAUUUAAAAGUAAUUUCCGAUUGAGCCGACAUGGGACAUCCUAAACACGCCACUUCGAUAGUUACUUUGACUUUCUCUCACUCCUUGCCCUGUUACUGUUUCUUCCUUUAUCUGCCUUUGUGUAGGUACACAAAGGCAGAUAACUUAGUGGGUAAGAGCGUUAUGCCAGUAACAGAAAGGUCGCUGGUUCUAAUCCCCGAGCCGACUAGGUGAAAAAU